AUGUAUUACAUUUCUUAUGAAAAACAAAUGGAGGCAUUUUUUGGGUUUUGACCUAACAAAGAUAAAAUUCAAACAGCCUACUUUUCUAUGGCGUGUUCUCUUGCACAAGGUCUUUCUUCCUCAUGUAAUCCUUCCAGACUCUAUAUAGAAUAUAUCAGCAGAGAUUAGAAGAAGGAAUUAAAUUAACAACAAUCAACACAAAGAACCUUCUUCAGUGACGUCACAAGGGGUAGGUUCCUUGACUUGGCUAGAAUUGAUAACAACAUAUAUGUAUAUAUAUGUGUGUGUAUUCAACCAUGCAACCAAACCGCGUUGAAUAAGAGCACACCAAAUUUGGCAAUAAAGCAUCCCAACCUGUAAACAUAUCCAGAAACUAAACCAAUUCACAUUCUCAUCUUCAAUGUCAAUCUAGUGCCUCCACCAAAUGCAUCUCAACCGCCUCUGCCUCAUCCUGCCAGCGGAUGUCGAUGAGCUCCUGCCUUAUGAGCCAUCUCAGGUGCCUUCACAUCCACAAAAGAAGGCCGAGAAGCACUCUCAUCGCUCUUGUGGUGAUCAUGUACUUGCUUUCAUUCGCGAUUCACUAUGCCGGUUAUAUUGCCGGGACGUCCCAAGGAAACAACAUUCCGGGGUGUUUUAUGACCUGGAAGGAAUCCAGUUAUCGGAGAAAGUAGGCAGAGACAGUCCAAGAACGUUUAGUUAUGCUGAGCUUUAUAUAGGAACAAAAGGGUUUAGUGAAGAUGAAGUUCUUGGCAGUGGAGGUUUUGGGAAGGUGUAUAGAGCAGUAUUACCUAGUGAUGGUACCCUUGUUGCUGUGAAGUGUUUGGCUGAAAAGGGAGAGAAAUUUGAGAAGACUUUUGCUGCUGAAUUGGUUGCAGUUGCUCAUCUUCGUCACCGGAAUCUUGUCCGGUUAAGAGGUUGGUGUGUACAUGAAGACCAGUUGCUUCUGGUUUAUGAUUAUAUGCCUAAUAGAAGCCUUGACAGAGUGCUUUUCAGAAGGCCUGAAAACUUGACAGCAGCAGCACCGCUUGAUUGGGAGCGAAGAAGGGCGAUAGUUGGUGGUUUGGCAGCUGCCCUGCAUUACCUUCAUGAACAAUUGGAGACUCAGAUCAUACACAGGGAUGUUAAGACAAGUAAUGUAAUGCUUGACUCACAAUACAAUGCGAAACUAGGCGACUUUGGCUUGGCGAGGUGGCUAGAACAUGAACUUGAGUACCAAACCAAGGAGACAGCGACAACACCAAUGAAAGAUUACCAGUUUCGAUUGGCUGAGACAACAAGAAUCGGUGGCACUAUUGGGUACCUGCCACCGGAGAGUUUCCAGAAAAGAACUGUUGCCACUGCUAAAUCUGAUGUUUUUAGCUUUGGUAUUGUUGUGCUGGAGAUAGUGUCUGGAAGGAGAGCAGUGGAUCUCACAUACCCGGAUGAGCAAAUCAUUUUGCUUGAUUGGAUGCGGAGGCUGUCCGACGAGGGAAAGCUGUUAGCAGCAGGGGAUACACGGCUUCGAGAUGGGUCUUACAGUCUUUCUGAUAUGGAGCGUUUGAUACAUCUGGGGCUACUCUGCACACUCCACAACCCACAAUCACGGCCUAACAUGAAAUGGGUUGUGGAAUCACUUUCUGGUAUGAUUUCAGGCAAAUUGCCGGCUCUCCCUUCGUUUCAAUCCCAUCCUCCAUACAUAACCAUAUCCUCUGAUUCCAACACUAGCACAAGCAAUACAAUAACUAUCAGGAUAUCCACAACCACAGCCAGCUCCAACAUGACAGACACGUCAACAUCUACCAAAUAUGUCACGGCAGUUGGAGAGACUAUAUAUGAAACUGCUGAGCCUGAGAAUGGCGGUUUCAGCUCUUCCUAUAACAAAAGUCAGCGACGCAGCACGCAUUUCAUGGUUGAAACUCCAAGAGAAAUAUCAUAUAAGGAGAUCACUUAUGCCACAAAUAACUUUUCAGAAUCAAGAAGGGUGGCAGAGCUGGAUUUUGGAACUGCCUACCUUGGCUUCCUUGAGAACCACCAGUCUGUCCUGGUGAAGAGGCUUGGCAUGACUAAAUGCCCUGCACUGAGGACACGGUUUUCAAACGAGCUCCAGAAUUUAGCGAGGCUAAGACAUAGAAACCUGGUGCAGCUCCGUGGGUGGUGCACGGAACAAGGUGAGAUGCUAGUGGUCUAUGACUACUCAGCAAAUCGGUUUUUGAGUCAUCUCCUUUUCUAUCAGGAGUAUAGAAUUGGACAUUCGAUCUUUCCAUGGUAUUAUAGGUACAACAUUGUCAAGUCCCUCGCUUCUGCCGUUCUCUACCUUCAUGAGGAAUGGGAACAACAAGUUAUUCACAGAAAUAUUACAUCUUCUGCAGUCAUUCUCGAUCAAGAUAUGAACCCCCGGCUUAGUAACUUUGCACUUGCCGAGUUCUUGACACAAAAUGACCACGACCAUCAUGCAGCUACUGACAAAACAAAGUCAGUUCGCGGCAUAUUUGGUUAUAUGUCACCGGAGUAUGUAGAAUCUGGUGAAGCAACCACAAUGGCUGAUGUUUAUAGCUUUGGCGUAGUGUUGCUCGAGAUUGUAAGCGGACAGAUGGCCGUCGAUUUCAGGCGUCCAGAGGUUCUACUAGUCAAGAGGGUUCAUGAGUUCGAGGCAAUGGACAAUUCAUUGGAAGAUCUAGUUGAUGUAAGAUUGGAUGGUGAGUAUAAUCAUACACAAGUGAUGAGAGUGAUGAAGAUCGGAAUAGCAUGCACACGCUCGAAAGCAGAAUUAAGACCAAACAUGAGGCAGAUAGUGAGUAUGCUGGAUGGGAAUGAGGAAUGCUUUAUGUUGCAGGAGCAGGGCAAGGAAAGUAGAGACGAGUGGAAAGAUAAAAAUGCUUCUGCAUUGUCAUUGGUUCGGAGAAUUCAAGCACUGGGAAUACAGUGAAACUCAACAAAAUCAUAUACGACAGGAGCAAGUAUAUACAGGAAUUUUGUAGUUAAGAAUCAUUUCUUCUUUCUUCUUAUAUUUGUGUAUUAUUUAACAUAUACACCAUAGCCACGAGAGAUACCUUGUCUUUAAUUUGAUUUACCUUUUGCAACUAUGAUGUAAAGUGGUUGUUAUAUUUAUCAAUCCAAUCAUAUCCUCUGCUA